AUGUCAAAUUCUUUUGAAUAUAAUCUUCUUAAUGCGGCCUUCAAUUCAGUAAUGAAUGAUAGAAAUUUUGUGACGGAGAAGGAAUUUAAAGAUACAAAAGCACGUCAUGAAAUUGGCAAUGUAGUCUAUGAGAACAUUGAAAUUAAUUCAUUUCAUCAGUACAAUCUUGUUGGCGGAAAGGCACCUUCCAAACAUAUGAAUAAUAACGUUAAAAUAGAUAUGAAAAUUUUUUUGAAAACACUUUCUGGUGAAUCUUAUAUACUCUAUUGCAAAGGAAGUCAUACUAUUGAUAGAAUAAAGCGGAAAAUUUCAGAAAAGAAAGGAAUACCCCCAGACCGACAAAAAUUAAUUUUUAAUGGUUGCGAAUUAAAAAAUGGUUUAACACUUGCUGACUAUAAUAUUUCAAAUAAUUCAAUAAUUUAUUUUGUACGCCAUCUUAAAGGUGAAGAAAGUAUAAUCAGUUGUCUCAAUUCUAAUGAUUUGGAUCAAACUUACAAUCGAGACUUUACAAAUGUUAAUGAUGAAGGAAAAAUAUUUACCAGAGGAGGAUUUCGGUAUUUAAGACCAUGUGGAUGGAAGCGUAUUGCUUUCUUUUCUGAAAUUUUCCGCUUUAUUCUAUCAAUAGUAUGA